UCAUGUCUGUAGCAUGCACUUAUUUCUUAUCAGUAAAUGAAUAAUAAUAUUUUGAAUCUAGUAGGGACUUAUAGUAACAAAAUCACUACAAACGCGUCCAAUACAGUUGAUAGUUUGGAAUGUUUGGAUUUACCUAUACAUUGUGCAGUGGACAGUAAGAUAAGACGUUUUGAAUCGCUAACUUAAGCUUGCAUUGCGGACGUACAAGAUCGGUUAUUGACAAGUGUUUAAACGAAAAUAAUAUACGUUUAACCCAACUACGUGACCGACGCCACUACGACAAUCCUCAAAUUCAAAGGCCAUAAUAUGGAGUUUAAGACAAGAGUGAAAAACGAAAGCGAUAUGGAUGCAUGGGAAUCGUCAGAAGCGUACGACGAUUAUAUUGGAUUUAUAGCAGCCAUGAACAAAUCCGUGUAUGCCAUACCAUUGAACAAAACUUUGACGGUGUCUAAUGUGAUUUCCCAGUUAUUAAAUGUACUAAACACAAUUGAUGAUUGGAUUACAGAAGUGGAACCAUUGAAAGAGAGCUGUAGGUUUGGAAAUAAAGCUUUUUCUACAUUUUACAAUUUGUUAAAAACGAGAUUGCCCCAAGUAUUAUGUAAAGAAUUGUCAUCUGUCGACCAACAAAACAUUAUUGAACUUACCGCUUAUAUUGUCGAUAGCUUUGGUAAUCCAACUCGUAUUGAUUAUGGUACUGGACAUGAAAUGUCAUUUUGUAUGUUCUUGUGUGGUUUAUACAAAGUAGACAUAUUGAAACAAAGUGACAGUAAAGCUACAGUCAAUGUGCUAUUUUUAAGAUAUUUAGAAAUAGUUCGUAGAUGUCAACUCAGGUAUCAAAUGGAACCAGCUGGAAGCCACGGUGCUUGGAGUUUAGAUGACUACCAGUUUGUGCCUUUUAUUUGGGGUAGCGCACAACUAAUCGAAAACCCAGAUUUAAAUCCAAAUUUGUUUGUUGAUGAAAAAUGUGUACAACAGUUCAAAUCAAAGUAUAUGUUCCUCGGGUGUAUUGAUUUCAUAAUGCAAGUAAAAAAAGGAUUGUUUCAUGAGCAUUCUAAUCAACUUUGGAAUAUAAGCGGUGUUCAAAGUUGGAAUAAAAUCAAUGAAGGUUUAAUUAAAAUGUAUAAAAAAGAGGUGCUUGGAAAAUUCCCAAUCAUUCAACAUGUACCUUUUGGAAAUUUAUUUAAAUUUAAACAGUGUACAAACAAAAAACCCUUUGCUACACCAUUGGCAAUGAAAACUCCUGCACUGUCAUUAUUGGAAAAACUUAAGAAAACCAACCAAUCAUAGUAAAUAAGUAAACUGUUGUCAAAUUUAUAUGAAUGUAUUUGUAUUUAAUGUAAACUAAUUAUCAUCAGCUAUAUCUCAAAA